AUGGAAAACCUCUCGAUCCAGGAUGCCCCUCCGCCAGGGACGCAUCAAGGCCCCGGGGCGCCUCCUCAGGCGCCCGCGCAGCUGCCGCCGCAGAUGUUCACGACGGCGGCGCAGCUUCUGGACCUCACCGACAAGAAGUUGAUGAUUGCGCUCCGUGAUGGGAGGAAACUCAUUGGUGUGUUGAGAAGCUGGGAUCAAUUCGGUGUGUAUGAACCCCGGCGGGAAACUGGGCAAUUGGAUUCCAAGGGAGCAUAUGAGAGAAGUUUCCUCCUGUUGCCCCCUCGAACGAGUCUACCCAUUUUCCUGGACCACUCCCUCUUCGUUUCAACGAUUGAACGCUUCUUCGCCUCGAGCCCGGACAGCAGCGCGCCCGGCGCCCCCAGGGGCUACUACGCGGAUGUGACGCACGGCAUCUUCCUGGUGCGGGGGGAGAACGUCCUGCUCCUGGGGGAGAUCGACCUGGACAAGGACGACGAGGCACCCCCCGGGUACGAGAGGGGCGAGCUCGACUUCGUCAAGAAGCUGGCGGAGGAAAAGAAGGCCGCCGACAGGGCGAGGGAGAAGGCCCGGCUGAAGAAGCUUGCCACGCUGGGCUUCGAGGGGGAGGGGCUUGGGGAUAUGGUGCUCUGA